CCUUGCUUUCUGCAGCCAGCAUCCACUUCCACUACAGCGAGAAAAGGUUGAGUAGAGGGGCGGACUGACUGUUAUCCCUCCUUCCUCCCCAUCCUAGGGCAGCUGAAAUCCUUGCGGCAGUUGUACUACGCCUUGGCCAUGUCAUCCAUAUUGCCAUUUACCCCACCUGUUGUGAAGAGGCUGCUGGGGUGGAAGAAGUCCGCUGGAGGCUCGGGAGGUGCUGGUGGUGGCGAACAGAAUGGUCAAGAGGAAAAAUGGUGCGAAAAAGCGGUGAAAAGCUUGGUCAAGAAGCUCAAGAAGACUGGACAGCUGGACGAGCUUGAAAAAGCCAUUACUACUCAGAACUGCAAUACAAAAUGUGUUACGAUACCAAGCACUUGCUCUGAAAUUUGGGGACUGAGUACACCAAAUACGAUAGAUCAGUGGGAUACAACAGGCCUUUACAGCUUCUCUGAACAAACCAGGUCCCUUGAUGGCCGCCUGCAAGUAUCCCAUCGUAAAGGAUUACCGCAUGUCAUUUACUGCCGGUUGUGGCGCUGGCCUGAUCUUCACAGCCAUCAUGAACUUAAGGCAAUUGAGAACUGUGAUUAUGCUUUUAAUCUUAAAAAGGAUGAAGUGUGCGUAAAUCCGUACCAUUACCAGAGAGUGGAAACUCCAGUUCUGCCUCCUGUCCUAGUGCCACGACAUCCUGAGAUUCUGACCGAACUUCCGCCGCUUGAUGACUAUACUCAUUCCAUUCCUGAAAACACUAACUUUCCAGCAGGCAUCGAACCACAGAGCAAUUACAUACCAGAAACGCCACCACCUGGUUAUAUAAGUGAAGAUGGAGAAACAAGUGACCAGCAGUUGAACCAAAGCAUGGAUACAGGAUCCCCCGCGGAACUGUCUCCCAGUACUCUCUCUCCUGUCAAUCACAGCCUGGACCUUCAGCCAGUGACUUAUUCAGAGCCUGCGUUUUGGUGCUCAAUAGCGUAUUACGAAUUAAACCAGAGAGUGGGGGAGACCUUCCAUGCGUCGCAGCCUUCGCUUACUGUAGACGGCUUCACAGAUCCAUCAAACUCUGAAAGGUUCUGCCUAGGUUUGCUUUCCAAUGUUAAUAGAAACGCCACCGUGGAAAUGACAAGGCGGCACAUAGGCAGGGGAGUACGCUUGUAUUAUAUCGGUGGGGAAGUUUUUGCCGAGUGCCUAAGCGACAGCGCAAUCUUCGUUCAGAGCCCCAACUGCAAUCAGAGAUACGGGUGGCAUCCUGCAACAGUGUGCAAAAUCCCACCAGGCUGCAACCUGAAGAUCUUUAACAACCAGGAAUUUGCUGCUCUUCUGGCUCAGUCUGUGAAUCAGGGCUUUGAAGCGGUAUAUCAGCUCACUAGAAUGUGCACCAUAAGGAUGAGCUUUGUUAAAGGAUGGGGUGCAGAAUACAGGCGGCAGACGGUAACAAGCACUCCUUGCUGGAUUGAACUUCACCUGAACGGGCCUCUACAGUGGCUGGAUAAAGUGUUGACUCAGAUGGGCUCUCCUUCAGUACGCUGUUCCAGCAUGUCGUAAAGCUCCUUUUCUUUACAGGCGGGUUGAAAAUACCAAGUCCCGUCAACAGACUUAACCUUAACAGCUCGUCUGUCAUAGUAACUGUGUGGUCUCCAUGAACUGUUUCCUAUCCAAAAAGUUCAGAGAGAGAGAGAGAGAGAGAGAGAGACAGAGGGGGGAAAAAAGCACUUGAGGGUCUGAUCAAUUUUAAAGCACCUUGUGGAUUCUGUUUCCUAUACUCUGAUACUAGAUAAAACGUUAGUGUAUAGAAACGCCUUCUUCUGAAGGAGGGAGGGACAUUUUAAAGACUUUAAUGGUGUUUUUAUUGGGUAUAUAUAAAUCUGAGUGUCCUAAAGGUUUACCAAUAACAUGGACAGUUUUGCUUAAUGCGUCAUGGAUCCCACCCCCCACCCCACUCCCAAUUGGGCAGGAUCCUGCUGUGUUUUGGUUCCAAUUGAUAGACGUGCAGAGCUCACCUCUCUAACUUAAGCAGACAUCUCGUAAAAACCCAGGUCCUUCCUUUUCCAUAUUUUUUUAUAUUUUUAUAUAUAAAUAUAUAUAUAUGCAGGCUUUCAAGCUGCCCUAUAACAGGCUUUUAUUGCAGAAAAGCUUCCUCCCCCUCGCUCUCCCACUCUGCUAGCUGCCGCCUUAAACCCCUCUGAAGAGGAAACAAUACUUGGGUUUAGUUGUCUUGAAAUCCUUGAUGCUGCGUGUGCUACAUGGGCCGGAAACGCAUGUUUGCACCGCUCUUCUCCCAUAUGCCUCCCUCAGUACACACGUUUAGAAAAUCAUUUCUUUCUUUGCCCACCCAGGGCAGUGCAUCUGUUGCCGGCGAUGGGUGCUUGGCACUGCUGGUCCUGCGGGCUGCUUUGCAUCUUUCUGUUAGAAAAUGCGAGGGGGGGGCAUUCCUGAGAGAGAGAGUGCACACCUGCCCUACUUAGAAGUCUUCUGGCCCAGCAACCCCCCACAGCAGUUCCAGAAUCUUGUGCUUCUGCCCAGAGAAGAACCAAGUGCGUUGUGGAUCCAUCAAUCCCUUUUCCCAGGCAAGCUUACUUUCUGACAAGCACCCAUCUGAAAGAGAAACACCGUGUGUGCGGUUUCUGUGUUUUACGAUAUAUAAACCUUCAGUUGUCAGUAGGGACUGGUAUAUGGCAGUUUGGGAAGUUGAUUGGAUCCCAUUCCAUCACAGUACCCCCUUCCCCCAUAACCCUUUAUGAUUGGCGAGUUGCUCUACAUUUACGUCUACCAACUGAUUUGGCAAGCUGCCAUUCUUUCUGCCAGUUCCCUUCACUGGUCCUUCUAACUCUGGUAGCAGAAAUCUGGGUGCAUUGUGAGUAGGAGGUGGUGCUGGAUGAAAAAAGAACCAGGAACAGGCAAGAGGUUGUCUCUGUCUCCUCUUUCACUGGUUGGUUCAAAGGUAAAAAGAGAAUUUGCAGUUUCAACCUCGGCCCACUCUGUGCCUGCUUCCCUUCAAUGCCACGAAGUUCAUCUUCCCCAGUGGUGUAAAGAUGCAACUUGACAUCCCAGUUAAAGGCUUAAAGGGCUAGUCUGAUCAAAAGGAUAUGGCUUUGUGAGCAUCUGUUAUGAUGGGGCUGGAUCUUGCAGAAGUAGUUGGUAGACUGGGCAUGCUCAGCAGAAAGGAAGAAUCCAUAGUACGUGUUAUUGUGAACCCUAGGACACUACAUCUGAACCUUACUAAAAAUAUUUUGAAUUGUAUUCUACAGAUAAGUCUGGGUUGGGCGAGGGUUGGGAAACUGUAUAGAAGGGUUUUUCGGACUUGAAAAGAUAUACAUCUUACUAACAAUCUUGUGAUCUAGCUGUCUGUCAUUCUUGUUGUUGUGGCAGUAGCAGGAUUGCCUUUUGUCUGUUUUCUUUCCUUCUCCUUCCCCCCUCCCCGCCCCCUUUCCCAAAUUGUUCAUUUGCACUAGGGCUGUACUUUGUAAGUGCACCUAGCGCCAACUUCAGCUUUGAGAACAAACGUGGCCAGUGUUAAGCUUUGUAAUCAACUGACUGAACUGAAGAUAGCGAUGAAUAUUUUUAUGCCAUUAAUAAAUAGGGCAUAGGAGCAAUACCAAAAAUCAAGCCUGGGGUGUGGGUGGGCAGGGGUGGUGGUAAAAGUGGGUCAGGUGAGUAAACGGAUCAGUGGAGCGGUUACCAAUUUUGUGCUAGUUUUACCAGUAGCUUAUUGUAUUGGUAGAACUUGUGAACCUAAGAAAUAAGCUUUUCAUGCGUGUUGCAUUUGCCUAAUAUGUGAAUACACUAAUAAAAAGUUUUAAUUCUCA